AAUCUGGUGAAGUUUAUAUCGCUUACUUUCAUAUUUUACGUAGCGUGUUGCUCUUAUUUACUAGAGAGGAGUAAUUGUAUCUUCCUGAAAUAUUAAAAAAUCUGAGGAGUGUGCUGGCAGGACAAGCUCCUAAACAAGACAAUGCCGUCCUUCGACUAGUGCUUCGCUCCGAGGGGACUCCAUUAGAAACACAACAGGCAGCGAUGUUGGUGGCGGGCGCAGCCCUAUUACUGGUGCUGCUCUGCCCGGCUUCUCACGCCAAGAUAGGAUACUUCUGGCAUAUUACGGACAUCCAUUACGACCCAAAGUACGAUCGCAGCGGUGACACUAAAUCCAACUGCUGGCGAUCGGACACUGGUCGAGCAGGAGGUGUAGGUGGCGCCUCUCCUGGCCAGUUGGGAGACUACCGUUGCGACGCUCCGUGGGACCUGGUCGAGUCUGCUGUGCGUGCUAUGAAGAGCAAGCACGGCGACAACAUAGACUUCAUCCUCUGGACGGGGGACGGCGCUUCGCACGUGGGCGCUCGCGGCCAGGAGCAGCAGCUGUCGGCGCUGCAGAACAUCACGGCGCUUCUGCGGCAGUCGUUCAGCAGCCAAUUCGUGUUCCCCGUGCUGGGGCACGAGGACGCGCCCGGCGCCUACCACAACCUCACGCAGCUCUGGAGCUACUGGCUGCCCUCCGAGGCGCUGCACACCAUGCGCAAAGGCGGCUACUACACGAUCGAGCGCAAGGAGAGGAAGCUACGACUCAUACUGAUCAACACCAACCUCUACAUCGGCGUGGGCGGCGCCUCCCAUGGGUCUGACGACGACCCGGCGGGUCAGUGGGCGUGGCUGGAGAAUACGCUUCAGAAGUCGCUCAACAACAGGGAGACGGUGUACAUCGUGGGCCACGUACCUCCCGGCGGUGACGAGCGGACGAGCGGCCUGGUGACCCCGCCGGCCCGAGCCGUCUUCCGCGAGCGCUUCAACGCUCGCUACCUGGAGCUGGUGCGCCGCUACAGCUCCAUCAUCGUGGGCCAGUUCUUCGGACACCUGCAUGCGGACUGCUUCCGCGUCGUCUACGACACGAGUGGUGUUCCCGUGUCGUGGAUUAUGGUGGCUCCGGCCGUCUCCCCUCGCAGGGGCCACGGCUCUGCGACCAACCCGGGGCUUCGCCUCUACAAGUUCGACACCGACACGGGGAAGGUGCUGGACUACGCACAGUACUUCCUGGACCUGCAGCAGGUGGCGGCGCGGGAGGCGCUGGUUCAGCAGCAGCAACAGCAGCACCAACACCAGCACCACCACCACCACACGCCACACGCCGACGAAUGGCAGCUCGAGUACAACUUCACUUCCUAUUACGGCGUCCACGAGAUCUCGCCGGAGGCUCUCGCUGGCCUCGCCGAGGCCUUCCCGGACCCAGCACGUGCCAAACUAGCCAACAAGUACGACAGGGCGGCAUCAGUGAGAUACACUGGCGCCGGCGGCGGCGGCGCGUGGUGCGACUCGGCGUGCGCUCAUGCGCACUUCUGCUCGGCGACCAAGCUGGAGCGCGCGGCACUGCGCCGCUGCCUCGCCGUGGCCGCCAGCUCGCUGCACUCAGCGGCGGGGGUUCCCCGGCCACCAGCCGCGCUAGUUGCUCUGGCCGCCGCCGUGCUGGCAGCGGCGCUGCUGCUGUGUGUGUCCGGCACGCCAUCGUGACACCGAGAGCACGUGACGCAAGCCGCUUGAAGCACGCCGCUCGAAGCACGCGGAGGCCUCGGAUCAUCCAGUGCUACUGGAUGAUUACUUCCGCAGUGCUCGUUCAACCGCCGGAGUUAACAAGAAGACUGGAAGAGUUACAGCGCUACGAAAUAUGUGCACCUGAAACUGUGCCCAUGUAGACGGCUUUAAAUGCAAACUUAACCUCCAGAAGUCGAACAUUAAUAUAACCCUCCCAUUGCCUUGUAAACAAAACAUCUCUACAUUAAAUUUAUGGUCGAAAAUUUUUCAUCAUUAACUUCACAUGUUCCAACGCAUUCAAUCAGAACCAAUGGACAUGCUACCCAGUAUAUGUUUCAUAUGAAACUUGCAAAGUUCAUGGUGUACUCGAUACUGAAGUAGACUUCUUACACUAAGAAUGUCUUGAAGAGGAAAAGUAUCUGUUGUACUCUUUCUCGGAGACUCCUUUUCCCAGAUCAAGACUUUACAGCCAAUAUAACGAAACUAUUUCAAAGUGACAAACCGGCGCAUUUACGUGCACCAUUAAUCCUAGGAAAUAAUCUGUGAACAACAUCGGAAUAUUUUGAAACUUGGUUGAAUUUAGUAACGUGAUAAACAUUCUUUUUAUGUUUACGUCACCGCAGAUAAUUUUUGUACGCCUGCCGGCUAUGAAUACACUUCCGGUUUCACCUGCUACUAUUCAUUCUCCGAGUAGGCUGUCUUCCAGCCGUUGACGUGUUUUGUUGCGUUCCACAAUCAAGAAUAUUUUCUGACUUGAUGUUGCGGCACCUCGAAACGCCGCUCAUAUAAUCGACAGUGUUAACUGGGACUUAGGUUCACAAAUUCCAUAGGUCCGUCUCGCAAAGCGCAGGAAUAAAACUCGUUCUGCAUUGGAACGGUAAGAACAACAGUCAUGAUAAAUGUACAUUUUCUUCCAUAGAACACUACUUGUCUUUCCUCUUGUUCUACAUGUCAAAACAAAUGAGGCACCACAACAGAAGAACGAAGCUCUAAGUAUCUAGCGAGUACGUGGAUAUUGUCAUCAAAGCAUUUCCACUGCUUUAAUGGUUCUCGAUCAAUGAGACACUGUAUUCUCGUGAACCAUUGUCACUGGACUGAUAAGCUCAGAAAUUGUAUACAGUUAAUUCCCGUAAGUGAACAGUUCCUGACAAAACGUUUUCAAUCCUACUUCUGGCAAUAAGAAUGCCAUCUAAUUCAGUACCUACAUGACGCUGCCAGCAUGUUAACGGCCAAUUACCGUAUAUUUGUCAAGAUUUUUGUUUUAUUGUGUAGAAGACUUCUAUGUUGUAAGUUUCGUCGGUCUAGCAACAAAAAAGUGAUAUGCUAAACGUUCAAAUAAUUUUCCUUAUGCAGCCGGUGUGCUGCUGACUUUUCUACAAUAAUGACGAAAAUAUCGGACAAGGUUCAGUUUUCUACAUGUUGUUGCUUUGGUGGCUACUGCAUAUUUGCUCGCAAUUGCUUUCGCUGCCCUUACUUGAUGACCAACUUACUACAGCAACAACUGUGAUAGAAUGUUUGCUCUUUCUUGAGGAAUAACUAAAUUAAAAACUUCUUCACGCUGUCAUCUGUAUAACUGUCUUUUUUUGGUUUGCGCGAGGUUAUCGUCAGUAUCCAGGUCUGUACCAAUAAAUUUUAAUUGCGUGACUGUAUUUGUCGUUACAAGCUUUUAUUUUAUUUUGUCAUUAAAUUUAUAGGUUAGAAGUUGCUGUAGCUACAUAAUAAAACUAUAUUACACUGGAGAAAUGUCAUUUUGAUUUGAAACUCGUAGUUUCAGUAUCACAGAGAAGCACAGUUGAAUCUCACAAUGUUUGAUGUAUGUACAGAAUUUUUGGUAUAUUUAAAUAUAUUGACGCAUAACACAAUGCAUUCAAAAUGCCAAACCGUUGUCUUGAUUCACAUAUCUCAACGAAAACUGUCUCCUUAUAAGUGUUAGGACAAAAAUAAUUCAAAUGUUCUUGUCAGUUAGUCACUCAACAGUGAAAGUGUAGAUGAGUGCAACGUUUCCCCAGACUAAUAACGUUAGUUCUUAACUCCACUGAUUUUCAGUUAUUUGUACGUCUGUUGUGGGAGCAUGCUUCUGGUGCCAUAGUUUGAGUACAACCAGAAAUAAGUGUAUCAAGCAAUACGUUUUUGUGCUAUUUUUGUAAAUACGGUUAUUAUGCUUCAAACACAGCGGUGAUUUAUGGGCGUGUAUUAUUAUUUGCAGUCGUAUUACGAUAUAAAGAAACAAAUAAAAAUCCUACCUGUAGAAAUUUACAGUUAUUUAGCAACUGUAUUAUUUUUAUUGGAGAGACAGAGACUCUCUUCCAUCAAACUACGGAACAAGUUGAAAUUAUUCUUACAGGUGUCGAGUAGACGAAGUCGCUAUUCUACUGAUCCUGACACGAAGGUGUAAAACAAAUAAUCAUGAUUAAAAAACCAUUACACAAACCACCACAAUUUGUCUUGUCACUGAUAAGUUGUCACAGACCUCACAGGCACAAGAGAAAAAUCAAGAAACUUGAAUGGUACAAUAUAACUUACGAUAACUGCAUUUAAUGAAAUCGAAAAUCUCUUGAAGAGUUUUCUUAACAAAACGUUAGCCCUCGACGUAAAAACACUAUAUUUUCUUCUAUCGGUCCUGGGAAUGAGCUUUUGGGCAUUUGCGUCUUUUGUUACAUAUAGCUUUUACUUUGUUACUUACAGAAUUACUGCCUCGACAUAGUAACUGAUAUUUGUAUGUGACAGUAUUACCUGAAAUUCACUCACUGGUUUAAUUACUAACAUUUUUACGUCUUUCACACGGCAUUGUCUAAUUCUCAGUCAUAAACUACUGCUGAAGAGUUCUAUGUGAUCCUGCUGGUAAAUUAUGUGUGACCAAUGAUAUACGAAUAUACACAGGUUAAUUGAAACUGUGAUAAUUUUUUUAAGUGCAGCUACCGUCUGCUUUAAUCUCAUUGAUAUAGAUUACAAAUGUUUUUUAAAGUGUAUGUUAUUAUGUAAUUGGUGUGAAGAAAUUUUUGAAUGUCUAUUUAAUAAUUUUCCAGUGAAAAUAACAUCUAUC